CGAGAAGAACAUUACCAAACGUCACACGCAUGCGCAGUUUCUACUUCCUUGGAAACGUUUGGACUGCUAACCAGAAUUACAAUGGCACGGCGAACUGUUUUUGUUUUAUUUCUGUUUUUUCUCAAUGUCAAGCGUAACCAAGCAUCACCGAAUACGGAAAAUAUCCUGAUCAACGUGACAGCGGGGGCAUUGGCAGAUACACAAGACUCUAACAACUUACAGCUGAAUUUAAACAUAUCAGUGGGCAAGGAGGAGGUAUUGGUAAACGAUGUUCCUGUUCAGUUGUCGGGUGUCACCAGAUUCAACUGCCAAGCGCUUCUCUUGGAUAGCACUAAUGGAAGCAGUGAGUAUGAAGGUGGGGACAUGGUAUCUACUGUCACCCGGGUGAUGGUGACCCAGAAACGGCUGGAUAUUGACCUGGAAGAGGUGGUGGCUCUGCAAGUGUUUAGUGAAGUUAUUGAGUUGGAGGGCAAACAGGUUCAACAGUCUGAUAUGUGUGAGGUGAAAAUCGUGCUGAGCCCCGAUUUCCAGAAGGUGGCUCAGGUUACCAACAUUUACCCCAUUGGACUUAGUGAGAUCUUCAGGGUUCCUAGAGACAAUGAUGUGGUUGUCACAGAUCCACCAAACCAUGGAACUGAGGAGCAAAUGUUGCUACAGACGACAAGUCAGUACCCUCUCAAACACUCAGAGACAACACAAGAAGAGAUCGCAGCUCCUGGCAAACUCCCAGAGACUCCACUUCGCAUGGACCCCGAUCUCUUGAAGGAAAUUAAAUAUGAAGAACCUGAAGAUGGAGACAUGGGCCAACAGGACCGGAUUCCAAUUGAAAGUUCACCUAAAGAAUUCCUCUCAUACUCGGCCAUCUGUCGCUGGGUGGAAGAUUUCAGGGAGCGUUUGAGGUACUUCUGCUCCGAGUCACUGCCCCUCUUCUUCUUGGUUAUGUGGGUGGUUGUCAUUGGUGUUGUUGGAUCAGCAGUCAUCGUCAAGAUACUGGAUUUGUUCUUCCCAACUUGUGAACACAAGCAUAUUUGUCAUCUGAACUCAGUCAUUCUGUUGCUGGAUGAUGAGAAGCACACUCUGCUGGAUAAAACCGAAUUAGAGGAGGAGGAUGUGAUGAAGCCUUGAAUGAAUACGAAAAUGGCUGGCUACCUUCGUCAGUUUUUUUUUUCUCCCUCUUUUGCAUCUUGUGGUAUUUUGCAAAGUCAUGCCCUGGUUCGGUUGUUGUAAAUUAGAAGGGUUUGUUUUGAUGGCAUUAAACACAGAUGCAGCCUGCAUCCAUCAAGUUGUUUUCACGCCAAUUGUGCGGGUUAUUUCAGACGUUUAGAGGAAGCAAUGUAAAGCAAGCAGGUUUAUUCAGGAUCUUUUUGCUGGCUGCACGUUGUCUCCAAACACCAACCACACGAGAAGCAUUAAGACGAGGUGAAGAAAAGCGACAUCGAGAAACAAUCAUGCCCACAUUGGCGAGAUCAUUUGGUACAUUUUGAUCAAUGUUAUUUAGCUAAGUGCCAAAAUAUUAGAACACUUUGGUACAGUGCUUCCCUAUACCACUGCAAAUAAAUUUAUUUAUUUUAUUUUCAGUCAUUUA